AUGAAAAUUGAUGAAACUCAAAAGGUAUUUGAUUACAUUGAAUUAUUAGGUGAGUUAGUUUGUUUCCCCAGGAGAGUUCUUAUAGAAUUGGAUGGCUUGAAGAAUGAUAAUGCUUUGAGGAAAAAAAUAGUAGCUCUACAACAAAUUACUGAUUCAUUAGGUUCAUUGAGACAUAAUGAACCUGUAGAAGAUGUUCAGAAAUAUAUUAGGAGCAUGUUGGUUGGAGAUAUUACAUGGGAUGAGGAAAUUAUUUUGACAGCCAAAUAUCUCAAAGAAAACGUUUGCAUUAAUAAUAAUGUAAAGCUUCUUUCAAAUGAUUAUGGUGUUCACACAUUGAGUAAUACGUAUGACGUUCAAGUGUUGCACCUUAAUGAAUUGAAAGAAAUUACUAAAUGA